UACAAACCGCCAGCUCCAUAAUGGGGCAUACGUUUUUCCUACUGCUUGCCUUAGUGGCAUCAACUUUGGCGGGACCAAUUAUUAGCACAGGAUCAUGUUCAACACGUUGUACAGAAACAAAGAAAUUUGGAUACGAAACCGGGAAAACCUACGAAUAUGACUACACAACCGAAGUCGACACAACAGUACAAGGGGCAUCCGAGGAAAAAGCCGGAAUUCAGUUGACUGCUAAAGUUCACAUCGAUGUCGUCUCAAAAUGUGAAAUGAAUCUUCGGCUCAGCAACGUCAGACUAUUGGAAUCAGACCCAAAAGCGCCUGAAACAAGGAUAGAUGCCGACAAAAGCGGAGAGUUUAGAACUAACCUUGAGAAAUCACCUUUGGCAUUCUCCUUCCAAGAUGGUCGAAUUGAAGAACUUUGUACAUCCAUACCUGAGAAAACAUGGGUACUAAACAUUAAACGUGGUAUCCUCUCAGCAGUUCAAAACUCAAUGGAUGACCUGACACAGGAUCAAACAGUCCAGGAGACUGACAUUACUGGGGAAUGCAAAGCAGCCUAUACUGUAUCUAACAACGGCUGGUACUCAAGAACAAUCAAGAAGAGCAAAGACUUGCUUGGAUGUACAGACAGACAUGGAUACAAUACAAUGAUGCAGGGAACACCAUACAGAGUUCAAUCUGAAAUUCAGUCUCUGCCACUGAUAAAAGGUACCCAUGAGUGUUCACAAGACAUCAGCAAGGCUGGCAUACUACAGAACAGUGUAUGUGAAGAAGAACAUGUUCUCCGACCAUUCUCAAGGGAAUCCAGUGGUGCUAUGACAAAGACCAAACAGACAUUAACAUAUGUAACAGAAAGAACAUCAUCUUCUAGCUCAAUUUCCAUUGGGCACCGCGUUCCAUUGACGUUUGUUCAUUCUAACGAUGGUAGGGGUACCAUUACGGAUGUCAUCAGUAAACUGAAUGAAAUCUGCAUAUCUACCUCCGACAGUGUGAAACCGGAUACUCCACAAUUGUUCUCUGGACUUGUAAGACUAAUGAAGGCUUUAGAAAGUGAUGAACUGGAACAGAUUUACAGAAAAGUGAAAGGAACCAGAUUCUGUGCAUCUAAUCAAAAGAGAGUUGAAAAAUUCUUCCUUGAUGCCAUUCCAAUGCUUGGAACAAAAGCUUCACUGAGAUUGAUUACUAACUUGAUCAACAAAAAAGAAGUUCGUGGAAUCGAAGCAAAUAUGUGGCUAACGACAUUAUCGUUCAUCAAAGAUCCAACAAAAGAAAUGCUGAAUGAAGUCAAACCACUCAUAUCAUCUGAGGACAAUGAAGAGGCUAUGCUCGGUGUAUCUUCACUCGUUAAUGCCUACUGCAAGAACAAUGAAUGUGAAAAUGAUAUUGACAUCGCCAGUAUUGUCUCUUCUAUAGAAGACAAGAUUGGUGUUGGGUGUUAUGUGGACAAAAACAAUCUUGGCAAGGUGAUCCUUAGUCUUAGAUCACUUGGAAAUGCUGGAUACGUUAAUAAUGCCAUCAGAACAAUCACAAACUGUAUGACCAAGAGAGAUAAUCCCACAGAAGUCCGCCUUUCUGCUAUACAAGCCUUCCGUCGUAUGCCAUGCUCAAUAAGCCGAGACGACGUCAUGGCAAUCUUCAGGAACAGAGACGAGGAUUCCGAAUUGAGAAUUGCUUCAUACCAGGCUCUUAUGACAUGCCCUUCAGACAUUGUCCUGUCUCGUGUUAGAUAUCUUCUUGAAUCAGAAGAGGUCAACCAAGUUGGUUCUUAUGUAUGGUCUCAUUUAACAAACUUGAUGGAGACUUCUAGCCCACUGAAACAGGAAAUAAAGAAUAUCAUCAACGACAAGGCGCUGAAGAAAGAAUUCGAUCUAGAAAAACUGAAAUAUUCCAGAAACUACGAAGGCUCCUUCUUCCUUGAGAAGCUAAAUACCGGAGCUUCCAUUGACAGCAAUGUUGUCUGGUCUUCAAAAUCUUUCUUACCAAGAUCUGCCAUGACUAACAUAACAUUCGACCUUUUUGGACAUUCCGUUAACCUGUUAGAAAUCGGUGGACGAAUGGAAGGCCUUGAAUAUUUUCUGGAAUCUUACUUUGGACCUAACGGAUACUUCCAGAAAGAUGAGAUCAUAGAAGUCACAAAACAGAACAUAAAAGGAAUCAGUAAUAAAAAAAUGGAGGACAUUGACAGACAGUUUGACACAGAAUCUGACUCACUGAAAGGAGAUCUGUAUAUGAGAGUUUUUGGAAAUGAGCUACUGUUUACAAGGUUCACCGGACUAAGUGAUGUCACUGAUGGUAAAUCAAUCAAUAUUCUGGACAUUCUAACGACUCUUGCCAAGAAACAAGAAUACUCCUUCACACAGAGCUACGUGUUCUUGGAUAGCAGCGUCAUAAUUCCAACAAUGGCUGGCUUCCCAUUAAAUUUGACCAUUGAUGGAUCAGCUACCGUUGAUUUACGUGCCUCUGGGAAAAUGGAUCUGACAAAAAUAACCGACAGAUCCCCAAGUCUUUCUUUGAAUGGAUAUAUGAAACCAAGUGGCGCUGUCCAGAUCAACAGUAUGAUGAGCGUGGAUGCAUUUGUUACAAGAAGUGGAAUGAAAAUGGUUUCUACUAUGCAUUCCUCCUCUUCUCUCGAAGGACACGUAGAACUGGCAAAUGGAAAAGUACUAAGUGCACAGAUUAAAACACCAUUUGACAAAAUGGAAGUUUUCAAUGUCAAGACUGCUUUCUUCACUGUUCACCGUGAAGUUGAGAGGGAACAGAAAAUGAUUACUGCUAACAGACAGACAAAGAAAGUGUGUUCUGGAAACAAACUUGCAAAGAUUACCGGACUGGAACUCUGUGCUGAACUUCAGUAUCCGAACGCUUCAUUAAUAGCCGAUGCUCCAUACUUUCCAAUGACGGGACCAGUUAGUGCUGGAAUCACUCUUCUAAAACGUGACACACAUGAAAGUUACAACAUGGAAUACAAAUUUGUAAAGGAUAAACAAGAAGCCAGAGCUAGAGUAGCCUUCAGCACUCCAGGCUCUACGGUAGACCGUGAAUUGAGUUUUGAUUGUCUUCUUCGAUCUGACCCUCUGCUCGAAAUCAGCAUGAUCUCACCAUGGAAGAGAGUUUCAAUCAGAGGAGCCUUGGUUGGUGACAACAAACAGAAGCAAGUGGCGGGAAGAAUUGUAAUCGACGACAAAGAUGAAUACUCUGUGACUGGGGAAUGGAUCAGAAAAAGGGAAGGACAGCUUUAUACUUACAAUCCAUACAUUGAAAUAAUCAUACCAAAUAUGGAAAAUAUAAGACUCAGCAGUUCUGUAGAAUAUGUCAUCGGCAAAAGUUUCAAUGGCGAAUUGACCGUAAAAGGACUAUCUAAGCAACCCAUUCAGUCAAAAGUAAACCUGAUUUCCAAGAAAUCAAUGUCUUCUAUAAAAACAUCCAUCUCCUUUGAACCUGGGAAGGAUUACAGUUUUGAAAGCAGAUUGCAGAAUACACAAACAAAGAAAGCCACUAAGCUAAUGCCUUAUUUGUCCAUCCGUACACCAAAGGAGGAAGUCACAGCCCUUGGAGGAUCAUUGGAAUAUAAAAGCGGCUCUCUUAUUCUUGUGGACGUUACAAUUGACAGGUUAUUGGAUAAAACCAUCAAAGUCUUCACCAAACUAACAAGAACCUUAAGGAAAUCAAACGCCAGGUAUCAGUCCAAAGUUGACAUCAGAACUCCACUUCUUAGAGCAAAAGGAACUUCAAACAUUGUACUGCAGAAAACUGCUGUAGUCACCAGAGUUAAUCUUGAUUACGUUAUCCCAAGAAUUAGCAGGGACAAAAUAACAGUCAACAGUAAAGUCAAUUAUGGUUUCACCAAGAGUGUCUGGUCUUUGGCUGGCAAAGGAUCUUUAACUUUCAAGAAGAACGCUGACUAUAAUGUUGUAAUCAACACAGACAUGAACAACAAACAGAGAUUGACAAAAGUGAACUUUGACCUAAGAUAUGGUGCAAAACCAAAAGAUGAAAACAAGCGCAUCUUUGUUACAUCAUUAGUACGUCACGAGCUGGGAUUAAAGAAAUCUGAUAUCGAUAUAACUGGCGAUAUUCGACAUCUGGCUCUGGGAUUAGAUCUUAAACUGAAAGGAAAGCAUUCUCACAACACAAAGAGUAUUAAUUCUAACUUUGGGUUAGCAUACGGCAAGAAGCAAUCAGUAUCCGCUGCAUUGGUAGUGAAGAAUAAGUCCAAAAAAUUUACAGCCUUAACUGGUGAUGUUAGCCUGAAAUGGAAUGAUAAAGACUUUUCAAUUGCAAACAACUUCGAACAGAAGAACAAAAGAAGAUACACAAAUGAGUUGAUCUCAAAUAUUGCUGGACACAAAACAAAAGUUGUAAGUGAUCUAAAACUUUCUGAUGAAGAGUAUGACGUCAGCACUGACAUUAGUAUGUCCGGGCAGAAGCCAAUCCAUCUAGAAGCACUGCUCAACCUGGAUCCUAGAAACUUCCGUGUCAAAUCUCGACUUAAUAAUGACUAUUCGGCAGAAUUUGGUUCUCAAUACAAAAAAGCAGCACUUCUACGACUUUCUGGUGAUGUAUCUGUGCCCUCAAGAAGAGUCAAAGGUGAAUUCGAAGCAAAGAAGAAGGAUCCAAUCUACGUUGGACAUUUGGACAUUCAAUGGGAUGCUAAUGCAGACAAGGAAAAACAAAUAUUUCUUGACACUCAACUGACAUACAAAACCAAGAACGAAAUUGAUGCUGUCCUUGUAUUCAAGAGUCCACUGCAAAAUAACAAGAUCAACAUCAAUCGCAAAAACGAAAAUGCACAUUUUGACAUAAAAUCCGACGGAAAAGAACAACUAUCUGUUGAUGCAUCUUUAAAACAAAAAAAUGGUAAAGAUCAAGUCCAAAUCGAGGGAAGCUUAACAGUACAUACUGCAGUAAAAGGAUUAAGAUAUGUUAAACUUGGCAUGAACCAUUUGUCAGAACCCCGUCAAUAUAAAACAAUUUUUGAUGUCAACUGGAAACCAGAUAACCAAAUAUCGGCUGCAUUUUCACUAAAAAAGCCAUUUAGCAUUCGUCAAUUCCAAGGAUCUCUCAACCUCAAGACACCAUUUAAGGGAUUCAAAACAUCGUUCCUGGAAAUUUCUCAUGAUGCAAAAGACUCGCUGAAGUCCUUUGUAAAUGUUCAGGUAAACAAGAAUUCUUUACAGUUUGAUGCAUCUGCAAAGAAGGAAAACAACAUAUACUCAGGACAUGCUGGUGUCAAAUCUAACAUUCGAUCCAUCCAAGCUGUUUCUUUAGAUCUUAGUCACCAAAGUCGGUAUAAAACUAACGAAAACAGUCUUGUUCUAAAUAUUAAUGGAAACGAAUACAGAUAUGAAGGUAAACUCACACAUGACAGAGCAGGUCUUAUGGUUCAGCAGAGCGGUAAAAUAACUCUAUCUUCACCAACAAGCCGAUACGAUUCUACAUGGCAACACAGUAAUACACUCAAUGAUGUAAAAACAGUGAUCACAACCAACAUGAAUGGACAGCAGUAUGCCUUUAACAUUAAGGGCAGACAUAAUCUUGCAUGGAAAGAAGCAUCCAUCCAGUAUACAUUGACCUCCGAAACUCCAUUUGGAAAGGGACAACUUAUGGUUAGUCAUUUACAUAAAGACAGUUCCAUGGACACCAUUCUCUCGAUGAGCCAAAAUAGCAAAAACCUAUUUACAAGUGAAGGUCAUCUUAAAACCGAAAAUGGGGAACUCAUUGCUACUGGGAACCUCCUACUUAAAGGUGAACAAAUGGUUGCACUAGAAGGACGAUUGAAAACAGGAUCUCAGAAAUAUGUUUUGAUCACAUUAUCUACUCCAUUUGAAUCAUUUAGAAGACUUAGAACAGAGAUGGAAUUUGAAGGAAACAUGAAGUCAAUGACCUCCUCUGUCAGCUUUGAACUACAACCAAUUGUAAGAAGAAUUCGACUCUUGUCUACAUUCAACAGAAUUGGGGGUGUGUCCGGUAAUGUAAGACUCGAAACCCAAUACCAACAACUUCCAUCCAGUGAAAUAACAUUCUCAAACCGCCCUGAGAAUGACAAAUCGAGAACCGAUAUCAAGGUUGAGUACUUACCAGGAAAGAUCGUAUCAUUGACAUCCAGAACUCUUUUAGAUGGACAAAAGCUAAGUGCUGAUGUCAGUAUUGCAACUCCUUUUGAAAAAUUACAACGUUUAACAGCCAGUAUAACACAUGACCCAACCGUUAAAGGAUGCAUAACGAAAGUUGAAAUGGAGUAUCCAGAGGGAAAAUCCUACAAUGCUGAGCUUGUUGUUGAAUACAGAGAAAACUACCACUCUUCAGUCACAAUACGUCUUCCUAAUUACCAUCCAGUAACCGCUUCUUUGAGCCACAAAGGAACAUGGAAUCAAUUUUUAUCUGGGGCUUCCUUGCAGUAUGACAGAAAUGGCAAACAUCAACUGGAUAUCAGUUUCCAUAAUGGAAAAAGCCUCCAAGGUUCAUUCACUAUGAAGUCGUCUCUGGCUGAAGAUACCUUUGCUUCCUUCUCUCACAGUGGAAAUAGAAAAAGCAUUAAUUCUAACAUUUUGUUAAAAUACGGGAAGAAUAAGCCAAUCAAUGUAGACAUAGAAAUGACAAAUGCCAAAAGAAUGAAAGGAACAUUAAAAGUUGUAUCUCCCAUCAUGGAUGAUAUCACAGUUCUCUUGGUACACAAAGGCAAAAGUACAAGCUUCAAGACAAAAGCAAAGAUUGGAUGGGGAAAGAAGGAGGAAAUUGAAGGAGACCUCACAUUCAACUUUAUCAAAAAUCUGAAGACAGACAUUUCAAUAUCCACACCUUUCAAGAGCAUCAGAAAAAUGUCAGCUUUUGUAUCACAUGAGGGAAAUUUACGCAACUUCAAAUGUCAGUCCGAAUUGAAAAUUGGAAAAAAUGUUUGGGGUGCUAAUGUAAAAUCAAACGUUGAUCCAACUUUAACAACAGAGCUUACUGUCAACACACCUCAUGACGGAUAUGAAAAGAUGAGAGCCUCCUAUACGCACAACGGCCAACUUUCUGACUUUAAAUGUCAUCUGGAAGUUACAAAGAACAAGAAAGACAUUAUUGGUGAUUUGCAAUUUUCAUCUCAACCAUUGGUUCUAUCUGCAACUCUUCAAACACCGGUGAAAAGGUAUGGCAAUCUAAAGGCGUUACUUAGCCAUGUUGGGCCGCUAAGCAACUUCCAGACUAAAGCUGAAAUAACUUACUCUGAUUCUAAAACUAUAUCACUAGAUACAUCUGUCAGCACAAAUGACCGAUUGACUGUUUCUGUUGAUAUCAAGACACCAUUCAAGGAAUAUGGAGAAAUGACAGCCAAACUUUCGCACUCAGGAACAUCUAAUAAUUUUGCCUCUCGAUUAGAAACACUUCUUCAGAGGAAAAGAAGUCAAUUGGACGUUUCAUUCUCUAGUCUUGGUCCAAUUGAAGGAAAACUUACUCUACUUACUCCAAAAUAUGAACCUGUAAAGAUGUCGUUAUCGCAUAGUUUUGAGUCAUCCCUCAAAAACCAAAUUUCAAUUACAUAUGGAAGAAAAGAUAUUGUUAACAGCAUAAUUUCGUAUCAAAAGGAACCAAGAAUGAAAGGAGAAGCUACUUUUAUAUCCUCCUUUACACCUGACAUGUCAGUAUCCUUUGAACACAGCGGGAACCUUCAACAAUGUGUUUCAAACAUCAAAGGUGCAUAUGGAAGAAAAUCAGCACAAGUAGAUCUAAAUCUUAGUAUUACAGAUGACUUUUCAGUUCGACUGAACUUGAAAACACCAUUCGAUAUUUUGAGGUCAGGAGAACUGAAUAUUAACCAUAAAGGACAACUUAAUGACUUCGAGAGCACAGCAGAUAUAGACAUCAAUUCCAAAAAGAUCAAUGGAAUAGCAAAAUUUACAAGCAAAAAUGGAAUUCAAGGAAGAGCCACACUGACUACUCCAUAUGCAAUGUUCCGUACUGCAGAAAUUUCAUUCAAACAUUCUGGACAGUUGAGAGACUUUGAAUGCUCAGGUGAAUAUGUACAAAAUGGAAAGAGAUCAGAAGGACAGCUAACACUGAGAACUUCUGGAGGUCUCAAUGCAAGGGCCUUCUUGAAAACGCCAUACUCUGAAGAUGUCACUCUUAAGUUAAAUCAUGAAGGAGAAUUAAGACGGUUCUUAUCUAGUGGUGAAUUGAGUUACGGUUACAAGACAGGAUCUGCCCAGGUAUCAGUGGAUAUGGUAAGAGAUAUCAGAAUAAACGGUUUCUUGAAAUCUCCAUUUUCACGUGAUGUAGUUAUUAGUACUGAGACCACAGGACAACUGGUGGACUUUACAUCCGUAUCCCAGCUUACUUACAGUGGACAGAAACAACACGAACUUGAAAUUUCAUUCAAUGUUGAAGGGUCAAUCAAAACAUGGAAAACAAAUUUUGACGGUGCAUACAAUAAGAAAAAGGUUACUGGAAAAUUCUCGUUCAGCGCACCAAAUGGAAUACAAGAAAAGAUUGAAGCAACUGGGCGAAUUGAAACACCAAUAAGUGAACCAGUAUCAUUUUCACUUUUGUUCAACACCAACAAUGAACAAAGAAACAACUUUGGCGUCCAAACAACAGCUGAUCUUACAUACAGUGGUCGCAAACAACAUGAAAUCUCUUUUACCUUUAAUCACGAUGGAUCAUUUAAGAAAUUUACCACCAGCUCCAAUAUUGUUUACAAUACAAAGAGAGUAACUGCAUCAGUAUCAUUUGAUAAGACAAAUGGAGUUCAAUCCACAUUUUCAUUGAACACUCCUAUGACCAAAGACAUUCGUGUAUCAUUUUCACACAAUGGUAUAUGGGUCGAUAAUAGAAAUCAAUUUCAUGUGAUAUAUGAAGGGUCUAAAAUUUAUGAGGUAAUUACAGUUUUCAAAUUUGACGGCGAAUUGAGAAAAUUCCAGUCUUCGGGGUCAAUAACUUACAACAGUAAAAAGAUUUCGAGUGAUGUGAAUUUCGAUAUCUUGAACGAUCCCGAGGGAUCAGUUACUUUAAGAACACCCUUCACUGAUGAUAUAACAGUUUCUUUCUCUCAUCAAGGUACUCUACAUAAUUUCAUCAGUCAUGGAGAGAUCGGUUACAACGGCAGAAAACAGCAUGAAGCCAAUAUUGAACUCCAGAAUCGUGACAAUAGAGUAUUUGUAGAAAUGUCAUACAACACUAAGGUAGCAUCAAUAGAAGCAACAUUAGAGCAAUCUACAGGAAUACAAGGCAAAAUUAUAAUCAAAAGUCCAUAUACAAAAGAUAUCGAAUUGAAAGUAGACCAUAGAGGGGAGCUGUUGAACUUUAAUACGAAGGGAGAAAUAAUCGUCAGCGGAAAGAAACAACACGAACUUUAUGCUGCAUUUGAACACAAUGGAGACAUGACAAAUUUCAGAACUUCAGGUGAAGCAUCUUAUAAUUCCAAGAGAGUGUCAUCAGAACUACAAUUCGACUCAACAGAAGGUAUCAAGACAAAGGGCACUUUGAUAACUCCAUAUACCAACGACAUAGAAAUUAUAAUUGACCAUAAAGGUACUGCUAGUAAUUUCAAGUCACACGCUGACAUUUCAUAUAGUGGAUCCAAACAACAUGAAGCCGUCAUAACAUUUAAAGGGUCUGGUGCACUACAAAAAUUCCAGCUAUCGGGAGACGCUACGUAUAAUGGCAAGAGAGUCACCACUUCAGUUGAAACCGAUUUUACCCGUGGGUUAAAAUUAGAGGGACGUUUGUCAACACCAUUAACUGAGGAUAUUGAAAUCUUCCUUGACCAUCAAGGUACUUCAACUGAUUUCAGAUCACAAGCAAGUGCAACCUACAGUGGAAGUAAACAACAUGAAGUUGUUUCGACAUUUAAACGUAGCGGCACACUUAGACAAUUUCAAGUAUCUGGUGAAGUUCAAUACAAUAAUAAAAGAACUGCUCUAACUGUCGACAUUGACACUACCUCAAAAUUAUCCGCAAAUAUGGCCCUUCAAUCGCCAUUAUCGAAGGAUAUUCAACUAGAAGUUUCCUUAGAUGGAGAAUUUAAAAACUUCAAUUCCAAAGCUGAGCUUCAAUAUGGUGACGAAAAGCAUGAACUAUUAACAGAUUUCAAUCUUAUUGGAGAAAUACGUAACUUUGCAGCAAACGGUAAAACAGCUUAUAAUGGUAAGGAACUAUCUAUCGACAUUUCUGCAGAUACCAGAAAAGAUGUUGAUGGCAAAGCUACACUAAAACUGCCAUAUUUUGAUGACAUUAUAGUUAUUAUUAAAAAAAGUGGAAAUAUAUUUGACUUCAACUGGGAUUCACAAGCUGAACUAUCUUACAGCGGAUUAAAACAGCAUGAAGUUACAGCUAGCAUGAAACAAACAAAGUCUGACGAAAUGUUAAAAUCAUUCAGUCUUUUCACAUACAACAGAAAGGCAUUAUCAUCUGAUAUCUCCAUUGAUUUAACUAAUGGUUUAGACAUGAAUAUCGACAUACAAUUACCUUUCAGAAACAUGAAAGCAUCUGUUUCCCACGAACUCCAAGGUACAUUGAAAAAUUUCCAUUCAAAUAUCAAAUUGACCCUGAAUGACAAGGAAAUCAAGGCAAAAACAAAUCUUGAUAUUGCUAGUGGACUUGAAAUUACGUUGGAGACACCUUUUACUGGAUAUGAAAGAAAUAAGGCUUCACUGACAUUUUCAAAUGUGCAAUCUCUCAUUUCUGGAAAGGCAGUCGCGCAAAUUGGAAAACAUACAACUCAACUUAAUGGCAAAGUUGAUAUAUCAACUGGUUUGAAAAUCGAGCUGUGUCUAAAAACGCCACUAACGGAAGACUUUGAAGUUAUUAUCAACGGAAAUGGAGGUAUGCAUGCAUUCCGAUACGAAUCGUCUGUUAGCUAUGGAAAAGAAAGAGUCAGAGGAGAAGUCAAUCAUGAGUGGUCCUCCAUGGCAAUCAAAGGGAACAUGCUGCUAUUAACACCUAUUCUAGAAGACAUCAAAAUAGAAUAUGGCGUAAACGGAAAUAUGAAGUCCUUCGGAACAACAGUAAAAGCAUCCAUUGGUAACAUGAAUGCAAUUGAAGAAGUAACAAGGGUCAGACUUGGAGAAAUGUUUGUAGACUUCGAAGCAACACUGAAAACCACUUUAUCUGGAAAUGUUAAACUGUCUGAGCUUAGAAUUUCACAUGAUGGUUACAUUUCAAGCUUUAAAACAAAUAUUGAAGCGAAAUAUGACGACCAGACAAUCAAAGCAGAUGCAUCCUUUAAACACCUUCCAUCUAUCGAGGGCUCACUAAGCUUCCAAACACCAUUUGAGAAACUAAGAGAUGUUAAUGUCAAGAUUGAACAUUCUGGAUCUCUGAAGUCUUUCACAACAAUCGGAAGUCUUCAAUAUGCACCAGACAAAAAGAUAGAAGGAAAUGCUAGAUUCACAAUGUAUCGACCAGAAAGUUUGUACUUAAAUGUCGAUCUCCAAACUCCAUUCACCGUAAUUCCUCAUUUGAACGGUAGAUAUCGUCAUGAUUUGAAAGCAAACAGUCUCAUAUCAUCUGCAUAUUUGACGCUCAGUGAAAACAAUCCUCUAAUUAACGGAAACCUCAAAAUAACACAAGAAAUGAUCGAUAUUUCCUUGAAUACACCGCAAAGCAGAUACUCCGUCUACGCAGACAUGAAAAUGCAAGGCGACACCUACUCACUGUCCGGAAAUGCUGCAAAUGGAGGAAAAAAGAUUACUCUUGCCAUGGAAAAAACGCUAUCCUCAUUCAGCAUUAAUCUUGAUACACCAAUCCGAGGAUAUAAGAGAACACAGGUUAAAGCAUCUGCAUCAAGAAAACCAUACCAUGCUGCACUGAAUAUACAGACAUCAUACCUACCUGAAAUUGACUUUGAUGUACGCCUAACUGGCAACCAGUUCGAUGAUUUAGAUGGAUCUCUUACACUUAAAACAGGAUUAGAUAAUUUGAGAAAUAUACGAAUGUCCAUGAAAAAUGAAAAAAAUCUUGGAGAAUUAAAAUCCCACAUUGAAGCAUUUUUCACUGAGCGCAACGGAAUAACUAUAGAUGCGUCUCUCACUAAAACAGACUCCUCACUGUCAGUGUCUACUCCUUGGGAAUCUCUUCGAACUGCUUACGGGUAUGUAAAAUACGACUGGCGUAGCCAAACAAAUCAUUUGAUAGUAGCAACAAAUAUGAAAAUCAACAAAGAAACAUUGUACGAUGUUGAUUUGGAAAUGGAUGCUGAGAAAAGAGAGGAAAUAACACUGAUAAUUAAUGUCAAUGAACCGAGACCAAUGAGGUUUGAAAUAAAUAAACUGUUCUCCUCAGAAACAUACAUGCUUGUAAAUUGGAACAAGCUAGAUAGAGACAGCAGUUGCAGAAUGGAUAUUACAUUCAAUUCAGACUGGUCUGACAGGAAACAGAUUGCUAGCUAUAGAGGUGUGUGCGGGUCUAAAUCUUACGCCAUUGGAGCAUCGUAUCACCGUCCUGAUGAUUCGUCCAAAAUUGUUCUAUUUAUAGAGAAAGAUGAUGUCAGAACACAUGGAUUAGAAACAAUACAUGAAAACAACGGACAAGCCAAAUACACUCUACAGCUACCAUCUAGGACAGUUGUAUUAUCAACUGUAUCAUCAUCAGGAUACGGAAUAAGCAGUCAAGUAUUCGAUUUCUCGUGGGAUGCAGAGAGAGACCAAAACAAAAGAGUAGCAAUAAAGACUACAAAAAAUACCAGAACUAAUGGAGAUGAACUUACAUUGGGUUUAGAAAUGCCAAGUCUCGGGAAGGAUAUCCAACUUGAUUACAAAAUGUUAAUUGGAAAUGGAAACGUCAUUUAUGAUGGCCGUACAGCAUUCAGAUACUCAAAAGAUUCACGUAAAACUUUUACAUUGAGUUCAAAAUUAGAAGAUGUAUCAGGACGUGGGGAGGAUUACAAGUUCUUACUUGGUAUAAGUCACCCAUAUACUACAGUGGACAUUCAAACUAAGGCAAUAUUCGGAAAAUCUGACGACAAACUAUCAGCUGGAUUUGAUAUCCAAUACCUGACUGCAAGACGUCAAACAAAGAACAUCGCUUUAAUAACCGAGAUUGAUAAACUUAAACGUCAACUGAAUAUACAGGUUCGUUCUCCAAUCAAAACAAUGAAAAUGGAUGCUAGUGUUGAGACAUCACCUUUCAAACUGACAAUCAAAAAUCUUUAUGAUGAUACCAAGCCAAUCAAUACAGAGCUGACAGUUGAUCCUAAUGAUGGUAGCCUGGACUUCAACAUGAACUAUGAUAUCAAAAACCCAGACAAUACACUCCAUGUGAAUGCUAAAUUCUCUGACGAGAAAGGAAUAUCUGCAGAACUGUACAGAAAUGUAAAUCAGAAGAAAACUGUAGACAGCUUGCUUAAUCUCCGAUUAAAAACAUCCAAGAUUCUUCAUACACGUGUUCACUGGCGUCCAUCAAUUAUCAGUGAUCUCAAGGCUGAACUAACAAAACGAAUUGAAGAAUAUGGCAUAAGAUCUGGUAUGGCAAUUGAAGCGUCUUCUGAUGAAAUUAAAAAAGAAAUAUUAUACAAGAGACGAUUAUUCCAAGCUUCCUAUGCAGAAGAAGUCAAAUCAUAUGCUGAUGCCAUCAAUGACAAACUGUCUGAACUCAGAACAUUGAAAGCAGACAAUGCCUUUUAUCUUCAAGACAUUUGCAGUUCUGUUGAUACUACCAUGACAAGAAUCGGUGAAUUUGCAGAAGAUUUUAAUGAAGCUUGGGGGAGAUGCCCAGUCAAACAUAAAAUUGAUGAAUAUAUGAACAGUCUUGAACAUCUACAACAGAGACUGGAUGCCUAUUCCAAAGAUACUUAUAUCAACAUGGGUGGCCAUUUGAACAGCAUUACAGCAAAUUCUUAUCAGAGAUUACUUGAUUACAAAAACUCUGUUGGAAAUCACCAAACUGUUGUCAAUUUAAAAUCGAAAUAUAACACUUAUAUGGAUCAGCUUAAAAAUAUGAAAUUAAAUGAGCAAUGGUCUAGCAUUGCCAACCAAUACACAUCAAGCAUAUACAACAUCAGAGAGGGGAUCAACCAAAGACUUGUCAACUCGUUACCGACACCAAUGUACAACAUGGGAUCAUCUGCAUACAAAUACUGGGAAUUUGAAGAAAACGUAAAUGCUUUAGUUGACAAAAUAUUUGAAGAAUUGAAAAAAGAUGCUACCAAGGAGAUGUCUGUUUUAAAAGAGGUGUUCGGAAAUGUACUCAAAUCCAAAGUUAUUAAAUAUGAUAUACCAAAUGGAGAGAUUAUAGUAGAUUUGUACCUGCCUGUUGAUGUACGCACUCUCAGCUCACUAAAAGACAUUUCUUUAAGACAAUACUUGCCAGAUAUGAGCUUUCAAACUCCAAAACUGAAUUUCUUUGGAUCUUUAGAGGAUUACAUGCCACACAUGACCUGGACAGCAAGUGCAAAAGUACAUGGCCGACACUUUACAACUUUCGAUGGUCAAGAAUUUGACUUCAGUGGGCGAUGUAGCUACGUUCUUGCACGAGACUAUGUAGACGGCAACUUCAGUAUCAUCAUGAACUAUUUGGGCAGACAAAAGAAGAAGUUGAUUUUGACUUCUCGCCAUCAAAAUGUUCAAUUAUCACCAAAUGGAAAGGUCAGUGUCGAUGGUGUAGUUAUGGAUCUACCUUACAGAUCAACAGAAUUUGUAGUUUUCUCUGUCGAUGGUAAGGUGUUCAUUGAGGGUCGUGGAUUCCAAGUUAAAUCCGAUCCAACCGUAGAUAUGGUCGACAUUGAUUUGAGCAAGUGGUACUUUGGUAAAACAGGUGGACUUCUUGGUACUCUAAACCAUGAACGUUACGAUGAUAUGAUUAUGCCAAAUAAUCAAAUUACAUCCGACUCUUUCGCUCUAGGAAACGCAUGGCAAGUUCAAGAUCGAUGUUGAAUACACAUUUCAUACUUUGAAAUAACAUGAAAUAGAAAACUGUGAUUAUUAACUUUUAAUUGAUAUUUUGGAAAUGUUGUGAAAUUUUUAAUGAAAUAAACUAAAUUUAAGCAUUGCA